AUGGCUCCGCGCAAGCCCAAGACCUCGCGUCCAUCGCAGCUCUCCAAGACCCUCGUUCUCGACAAUGGUGCCUACACGAUCAAGGCAGGAUACGUGACCGAGGAGGCGAUCGACAAACCCAGGGUGAUACCAAAUUGCAUCGCCCGCGAUGCCGAUCGCAAAGUUUACGUCGGUUCCGAGCUCGAAAAGUGCAAAGAUUUUGGAGAGAUUGCCUUUCGCAGGCCAGUUGAGAAAGGUUUUGUGGUAAACUGGGAAGCGCAAAGUACCAUUUGGGCGAACGAGUUCAUGGAGGAUGAUGCCCCCCAGCGCUGCGACCCCUCCGAGACCCGGCUACUUCUCGCUGAGCCGUCCAGCUCUCUGCCCGUCCUCCAGACACAUACAGAUCAAAUGGUCUUUGAAGAGUUCGGAUUUGCGAGCUACUAUCGUGGAAACGGGCCAUCCUUCAAUGCAUACCAUGAUAUACAGGCUAUAUUACGGACCCCCCGCCCCUCCGACACGGUUGUUCAGCUGCCCGUGGAGAUCAUGAUGCUGAUCGAUUCGGGCCAUUCACAUACGACAGUGACGCCUCUGAUUCGUGGUCGCCCUGUUCACCCAGCGAUAAGGCGCCUGGAUGUUGGCGGGAAACUCAUGACGAACUACCUGGCUCGACUUUUGUCCCUCAGGCAUUACGACAUGCGCAACGAUACGUACAUUGUAAACGAGAUGAAGGAGCAGGCUUGUUAUGUGUCUUUGGAUUUCAAUCGAGAUCUCGAGAAGACAUGGAAAGGCACCAGAGGGGAGAAGAGGCAAGAUUACAUAGACGGUGGUGGCAUAGCAAAGGACUAUGUAUUGCCGGAUUUCCAUACCAGAUCAAAAGGCAUCGUCCGCGAGUACGAUGUGUCGCAAGCCUCCCGAGCAAGAAAGCUGGCAGCUGCGCGCGCAGGAGAGAUUAGUGAAGAUGUCUUGACACUGCGGAACGAGCGAUUCACGGUCCCAGAACUGCUUUUCCAUCCCUCGGAUAUUGGCUUGCGCCAGUCUGGCAUCGCCAACUUGGUUGUGGAGUCACUGCAGGUUCUUCCAGUGGGUCUUUGGCCUGGACUGCUUGCCAACAUCAUCGUGGUUGGAGGCAAUGCUCUUUUUGAAGGCUUCAUACGGCGCUUGCAACAGGAAAUUGAUCAGCUUGUGCCUGACGAGUGCGUUGUCAGGGUGGCCCGCCCUGCAGACCCGAUUACGAGUACUUGGCAAGGAGCCGCCAAUUUUGCGAGGUCCGAUUCUUUCAACUCGCUGUGCGUGACCAAAGAGGAAUAUGAAGAGUACGGUUCUGCCUGGAUGGCCCGCAAAUUUCUGAUAGGAACUGAAUGA